AUGUCGUCUCCAUCUUCUUCUGCCGUUCCUAAACCACCACCAAAGCUUCCACUGAAACAAAUCCCCGGUGACUAUGGGAAACCUUUCUUUGGGGCGAUCAAGGAUCGCUACGAUUUUUUCUACAACCAAGGUCGUGACGAGUUCUUCAAAGCCCGGAUCCAGAAGUACAACUCCACUGUCUUCCGUACAAACAUGCCUCCCGGGCCCUUCAUUGCUGCAAACCCGAAGGUCGUGACUGUCUUGGAUGCCAUAAGCUUUCCAAUUCUCUUCGACAACUCUAAAGUCGAAAAACGUGACAUCUUUGAUGGCACUUACAUGCCAUCCACAGAUUUCACUGGUGGCUAUCGCAUUUGCUCAUUUCUUGACCCAUCGGAAGCCAAACACACUUCUCUCAAAAACUUCUUCCUGUCUCUACUCUCUUCUAACCAUAAGAAUGUCAUACCACUUUUCCAUACCUACUUCACCGAUCUAUUUGUCAAAGCCGAGGCUCAGUUGUUAAAAGACGGGAAAUCAGACUUUAACGCACUGAAUGAUAAAACUUCCUUCGACUUCAUCUUUGAGCUGUUCUUCGGGAAAAACCCGUCGGACACAACUCUCGGGUCGAAAGGAUCCACCUUGGUCACCCUUUGGCUCUUACCCCAACUUACUCCUCAGAUCACACUUGGGUUGCCCAAGGUUUUCGAUGUUUUCGAAGAUUUCUUGCUUCAUACGUUUCCUUUCCCAGCUCUUUUUGUCAAACCCGCCUAUAACAAGGUUUACAAGGCCUUCUACGAGUCGGCAGCUGACGCCUUGGACGAGGCCGAGAGUAAUUUCGGGAUUUCAAGAGACGAAGCGUGCCACAACCUUGUGUUCUUGGUCUGCUUCAAUGCUUAUGGUGGCAUGAAGCUUCUGUUCCCUUCCUUGUUGAAAUGGGUUGGAUUAGCAGGAGAGGAUUUGCACCGCAAGCUCCGAGACGAAAUCAGGGAAGUUGUUAAGGAAGCUGGAGGUAAGAUUACUCUUGCAGCUUUGGAUAAGAUGACACUAACCAAGUCAGUUGUGUACGAGGCUUUGAGGAUUGAUCCUUCUGUGCCGUUCCAAUACGGAAAGGCUAAGGAGGAUCUAAUAAUCGAGAGCCAUGACGCCGCAUUUGAGAUAAAAAAGGGAGAAGUAAUCUUCGGGUAUCAGACGAUUGCUACUAGGGAUGGAAAGAUUUUCAAGAACCCCGAGGAGUUUAUAGGUGACAGGUUUGUAGGGGAAGGCGAGAAGCUACUGAAGUAUGUGUGGUGGUCUAAUGGCCCCGAGACGGUGAGUCCUGCCGCGGCGAACAAGCAGUGCCCCGGGAAGGAUCUGGUGGUGCUCAUGAACCGGAUAAUGUUGGUCGAGUUCUUCCUUCGUUAUGAUACUUUUACCCUCGACGUCGGGACGUUUUUGUUGGGAUCAAAAGUGACGUUCAAAACUUUGACACCAGCUUCGUCCUGAUCUUGAAGAUGCUAGUCAAUCACCAAAUCUAAUUUUCUUUUGCUUCCCUGCAUAUAAUAAAUUUAACU